AUGGUUUUGUCCGACUGGCAGACAGGUCAGAAGAGUCCAACCACUAUUACUGUCUAAGACCACCCGCAUGGGAACCGAAAGACAUACUUACACUGGUUAGGAAGGCAAGCGUCGGCAGGUAGGCGAACAUCACACUGGACCCAACCCGGCAACUGAGGUCCUGCAUUUAUGAAACUGACGUACUUCCGGGUGUCCUCGUCUCUGUUUACAUCCGUAAUAUUCCAUACCGUCAACAUGAGAAUGAUCAAGGAAUAAUCGCGAUUUUUUGGCCCGCCAAAGGAAUAUUUGUGAAUUGGGAUGUUUGGCUCUAUAUAGUAUACCGACAGGACCACACCCAUUAUUAUCAUUGCAUCAGGACAAUCGGAACCGAACGAGACACACUGACUAGGAGGGCAAAGCGGUGGAUUCUCCCGGCACCUAGGGUCCCGCUGCACUGGUGAAACGGACAGGCGUGUCAAAGAGAGUCCGAUCUCUUCAUUUAUCUAUUGCUACUCCAGCGAAGAGCUGUAUUAGAUGAAUGUCUUCGAAUGCCACCGAUUUUUUUGUGUCUAAUGUUUUUUUUCCCAAGUCUCGUUCCUGGUUGUGGGGUAGAAAUCGGUGAUUGGGGAAGACGCGAUCGACACCGAUCGCGCCUGCACGUGAAGUUGGUGAAGGGGCAUUCCCCAUUCGCCCGGAACCAUCAAUCCAGUGAGGGGAUUUCACAUGCCAGCGUCUGCCUCGGGCACCUUGUCGGGAAACGCUCUUAAAUACGCUCAUCGUCUCACUCCCUCUGGUUCGAUCCCCCCCUCCAAGUCGACCUCCUUGUCUUAUUAGUCUUAACCGCCAUGUCCCAGUUAUCAUUCAAGGGCCACACUGUUAUUGUUACCGGUGCAGGUGGAGGUCUCGGCAAGACUUAUUCUCUCCUUUAUGCUUCACGGGGUGCGAACGUUGUCGUCAACGAUGUCAGCCAAGCGGCAGCACAAAAAGUUGUGGAUCAAAUCACUCAGGCCGGUGGCAAAGCGGUUGUAAAUACUUCUUCUGUAACCGACGGUGAAGCUGUUGUUAAGACUGCUCUUGAUGCUUUCGGCGGUGUUACCAUUCUCAUCAACAACGCCGGCAUUCUCAGAGACAAGGGCUUCAGGAAUAUGACGGACCAAGAAUUUGACCAGGUCCUGCAGGUUCACCUGAAAGGUGCUUACUCUUGCACCAAAGCCGUCUGGGGAAUCUUCCGCAAGCAGAAGUUCGGCCGCAUUGUCAACACUUCUAGUGCAGCGGGUCUUUAUGGCAACUUCGGACAAGCAAACUACAGUGCAGCUAAGAUGGGGUUAGUUGCAUUCACGAAGACUCUUGCUCGGGAGGGUGCCAAGUACAACAUUAACGCUACUGCAAUCGCGCCGAUUGCUGCUUCGCCUAUGACGGAGACAGUUAUGCCUCCAGAGCUUCUUAAACACAUUCAACCUGAAUUUAUCGCACCAUUCGUAGCAGCAGUCACCCAUCCAGACGGACCCGAUGCUAAUGGGAAGGUAUUCGAGCUCGGUGCUGGCUAUGUAGCCGAGAUUCGUUGGGAACGAAGCAAGGGUGCGAUUUUCAAGACUGAUGCUUCAUUCACACCUUCGGCAGUGAAGGAGAAAUGGUCUGUCAUCACAGACUUCUCGAAUCCAGACUACCCGCAAAGCGUUACAGAUUUCGAUCAUGAGGCUGUGCUUGAGACUGCCAGGAAGCUCCCGCCUAACCCCCAAUCAACCCCAGAAGUUCGUUUCGAUAGCAAGACCGUCAUUAUCACUGGUGCAGGCCAGGGUCUUGGACGUGCUUACGCACUGAUGUAUGGCCGACUCGGUGCAAACGUUGUCGUCAACGAUGUCAGUGAGAAAGGCGCCAACGCUGUUGUCGAUGAGAUCAUCAAGGCGGGCGGAAAGGCAGUAGCUGCCGUAUCUUCCGCAGAGGAUGGUGACGCUAUCGUGAAGGUCGCAUUGGAAAAGUUCGGAGGCGUGCAUGUUCUCAUUGCCAACGCCGGUAUCUUGCGGGACAAGAGUUUCGCUGCUAUGACGGAGCCGGAGUGGGAUGCUGUACUGGCUGUUCACCUUCGGGGUACAUAUAAGUGUGCCAAGGCCGUCUGGCCCAUCUUCCUCAAGCAGAAAUAUGGUCGCAUCGUGACUACAGCUUCGCAAGUCGGCAUCUAUGGAAACUUCGGUCAAGCCAAUUACUCCACUGCCAAGGCUGCUAUCCUCGGUAUGACUCGGUCAUUGGCCAUUGAAGGCAAGAAGUAUGGCAUUAUUGCCAACACUAUUGCUCCAUCUGCCGGUACAGCGAUGACUAGUACUGUCUGGCCACAGGAGAUGGUGAACGCUUUCAAGCCCGACUACAUUGCCCCUAUUGUAGGCUUCCUCUCUAGCGAGGCUAACACUGAAACCUCUGGCAAGCUCUUCGAGAUCAUGGGUGGUUGGGCUGCUCAAACUCGCUGGCAACGGGCGGGUGGACAUGGGUUCCCCGUUAACAAACCAUUGACGCCUGAGGCCGUCAUCUCGAAGUGGGAUAUUAUCACUAAUUUCGACGACGGACGGGCCACGCACCCUUCGACGACUCAAGAAUCUUUCCAACAGCUUGCAGAGAACUUCUCGAAUGUUGAAAACAGUGACCCCUACGCUGACCCUGAGGACUCCGAGUUGGUAGCAAAGGCAAAGAAGAACGUCCCAGAAUCCGUGGAAUUCAGCUACGCUGACAAGGAUGUCAUCCUGUACAACCUGAGUAUCGGAGCGACAGAGAAGGAGCGCCAAUGGACGUUCGAAGGGGACGAGGAGUUCUCUGCGUUACCUACAUUCGGUGUUAUCCCUCAAUUCCAGGCAUCCGGAGGGAUCUCUCUGGACUGGUUGCCAAAUUACAACCCUGCAAAGCUGUUGCAUGGCGAACAGUACCUAGCAAUCAAAGCACCAAUACCAACUAGUGGUAACCUCGUGAAUGAGGCAAGGAUCGUCGAGGUCCUUGACAAGGGCAAGGCCGCGGCAGUGACUAGUGUUGUGGAGACCAAGGACAAGGAUACGGGCAAGGUCAUCUUCGAGAAUCAGUCCACUGUCUUCAUUCGUGGUGCUGGUGGAUUCGGCGGCAAACGGGCAGGCAAAGACCGAGGCGCGGCGACAGCGGCUAACACCCCUCCUCAGCGCAAACCAGAUGCUGUCGUUGAGGAAAAGACACUUUCCCAACAAGCUGCACUGUAUCGACUAAACGGUGAUUUGAACCCUCUACAUAUCCUUCCUGAGUUCGCCGCCGUUGGAGGCUUCGAUAAGCCUAUCUUGCACGGCCUUUGCUUCUUCGGCUUUGCAGGGAAGCAUGUGUUCAAGUCGUUUGGUCCCUAUAAGGAUGUCAAAGCCCGGUUUGCGGGUGUUGUAUAUCCUGGGGAAACGCUUGUGACUGAGAUGUGGAAGGAAGUGCAGUGUCCUGACGAAAUUUGCAAAUAGCUACGAAGGUCAAGGAGCGAGGCACCACUGUACUUGCUGCAGCCGGUGCAACCCUGGUGGACCCCACUGGUUCAGUCAAAGCGAAACUAUGAUUUAUUUGACCUAUAUGUUGUAUUAGUUGCAUUUUAUUCUUCUCAUUGUCGGAAUCAACUACCAUGACUGGUUGUCAUGAACGAACGCGUUGUUCUUUAUCACAAAAGUUUGGCAGUGUUUGAUAAAGUCGACGAAAGCACACCA